AUGAGCUCUCCGCCGCCCGCCCGCAAGGGCUUUUACCGUCAGGAAGUGACUAAGACGGCCUGGGAGGUGCGCGCCGUGUACCAGGACCUGCAGCCGGUGGGCUCGGGAGCCUACGGCGCGGUGUGCUCUGCCGUGGACAGCCGCACAGGCAACAAGGUGGCUAUCAAGAAGUUGUACCGGCCCUUCCAGUCGGAGCUGUACGCCAAGCGUGCCUACCGUGAACUGCGCCUCCUCAAACAUAUGCGCCACGAGAACGUGAUCGGGCUACUGGAUGUGUUCACUCCUGAUGAGACCCUGGAUGACUUCACAGACUUCUACCUGGUGAUGCCAUUCAUGGGCACUGACCUGGGCAAGCUCAUGAAGCAUGAGACCCUGAGUGAGGACCGAAUCCAGUUUCUUGUGUAUCAGAUGCUGAAGGGACUGAAGUAUAUCCAUGCUGCUGGUAUCAUCCAUAGGGCAAGGGACCAGGUCAAGUCUGGUGGCACAGUGGGCAGUGCUCUGGCAAAUGGAUCACAGUGGCCACCUUUCCUCUCCCAGGACCUGAAGCCCGGCAACCUGGCUGUGAAUGAGGACUGUGAGCUGAAGAUCUUGGACUUUGGCCUGGCUAGGCAGGCAGACAGUGAGAUGACGGGAUAUGUGGUGACUCGGUGGUACCGAGCACCUGAGGUGAUCUUGAACUGGAUGCACUACACACAGACAGGCACUGAUGGAACUUCUGUCUCAGUGGAUAUCUGGUCCGUGGGCUGCAUCAUGGCAGAGAUGAUUACUGGGAAGACGCUGUUCAAAGGCAGUGACCACCUGGACCAGCUGAAAGAGAUCAUGAAGGUGACGGGGACACCUCCCCCUGAAUUUGUGCAGAAACUGCAGAGUGCUGAGGCUAAGAACUACAUGAAGGGCCUCCCUGAGCUGGAGAAAAAGGAUUUUGCGUCUGUCCUGACCAAUGCGAGCCCUUUGGCUGUGGACCUCCUAGAGAAGAUGCUGGUGCUAGACGCAGAACAGCGGGUAACUGCAGCCAAAGCGUUGGCUCAUCCCUAUUUUGAGUCCCUGCAGGACACUGAAGAUGAACCCAAGGCCCAGAAAUAUGAUGACUCCUUUGACGACAUGGACCGCACUCUGGAAGAAUGGAAACGUGUCACUUAUAAAGAAGUUCUCAGCUUCAAGCCUCCCAGGCAAUUGGGGGCCAGGGUCCCUAAGGAGACAGCUCUGUGAAGACCCCUGGGUGGUAUAGGGUACCUUAAGGACUCUGGCUGGGGCCUUCACAAGCACUUUGGCCUCCCUUCCCUAGGAGGGGAAUCUUGGUUACCACCUAACAGUGCCUGGGGCUUGCAUCAUCCCAGAGAGGCUGAAUAGACCCUCUUCCCAAGCUUGCUUCUCUGCUUUUAAGUGCCCCUAGGUAACCUUGGCUGAGCUCCUGAGCUUUCUUCCUAGGACUCCUACCCAGUGUGGGACUGACUAGCCUUUGACUUCUGGACUUGUGCCCUCUCUGUCAGUAUUCAGCAAAAAGUCUCAGAUCUGGCAGGGCUCAGGAGUCAAAUAUUGGUCUCUGAUCUCUGCUUGCUUUGGACAGUGACAAGGUCAGCUCCUGAGAUGGGGCACUGACUCAGGGAUAUCAUCUCUCCUGGUGGGGGAGGUGUUGUGGACUCUCCUGCACCCUCAGUCUGGAAUGUAAACCCGUCAUUUUGGUGUGCUCACCUGGAUGGGAAGAAAUAAAUCUUUUUGUAGAUCCCCCCA